AUGGAUAUCACACUCUCCAAAUCUUGGUACAAUGGUCGCACCCUGCCCUCAGAAAACUCCAUCAAGAAUCGCAAAGUCCAAGGAAAAUUGAAUGUGGGAACUCGGUCAAGUACAUCAUCCAAAGCUAGUGAUACCACAAUCACCGCUAGGGAAAAUCCUGCUCCUUCUCGAGUCUCAGCAAAUCAUGUCCAACGUCUCGAAGGCCUCGCGAUUCAAGCGGAGCAUGAUCAGGAUGAAGAAAAUGAGUUUGAAACUAACAGCCAGACCCUGGGCCAAAGAUUCGCGAGGACGAUGACUCUUGAUGAAUCUAUCAAAAAUUCUCCUCCAAAGCGCUCCCGAUGGCACGAGAUGUUCGAAUCUCGACACCGAAUGACAGCUCCACAUAAUUCUGCCACUAAUGCCAAUCGAAAUAAAUCGCCAUUGAGUCUAUUUGGAAAUGCCUUACCCAAAAGGUCGCCGGCAAAUGGCGCUUCUAGUCAGAUGAUGGGCUCUAAGAAUGCUUCGGGUCCAACACCAACACCGGGUAAGACCUCCCACUCAAAUGACUCUAAAUUGUUCAGAGCAUUUCUGAAUCGUGGUGAUGGAGCAGUACCUUUCUUCAUCUCGCCCGCUGGUACCCACCAGCAGUUCUUUCCGGUCUCGGCCCGUUCAUCCCAGAAUACUUCUGUGGUUGUCCCAUCCAACACUCCUUGUGAAGGUAUUUGCGCUGCCGGUUUUUUCUAUGCAGCUGAACCAACUCAGCCAGCUCAGGUAGCUCAAGCAGUGCAAGUAGUUCAGCCAGCUCAAACGGUUCGACUAGCUCAACCAGCUCCGCAGCAUCUGAGGACUGUUCGAUCAAUGAACAGUUCCAGAAGUAUCAACUCGAGGUCAACUGCUCACACGAGGACUGACACUAGUUUGUCCACGACUUCUGGUGCCGACAUUUGGACUCCCGCGGACCGCAGUUUCGACACUUCUGCUUCUCAAUACACGGGUCAUACUCGGAUGACAUCUGCAUCUGGAAGUUUUGUUGACAAGAGUCAACACACUCGGAUGGCAUCAGCGUCGACAGGUUUUGGUAACUUCUCAUACCAGCCCGCCAUUUUCGAGAAUGAACAAAUGACUACUGGCCCCAUAGCUGACUCACCGCCUGAAUUCAACGACUUUAACCAAGUAGCUCCAGAGAUUCUCCCAGUGUCAAUGGAAUACUUCACUCAAAGUAUGGCUGUUGCUCCAACGACUGUAUUUGCUCCCCAGCCUCCUACAAUGGGUAUGGACAGCAUGAUGACAGCACAGGUUGCAAUUCCGGAUCUUUCUCACUUGGUGAAGAAGUUCCGUCCAACGAACAUGCUUCUCCGAGAGCAAGGCAUGAUCCCAGACACCUCUCGUCAAGAUACCAACUACGAGGGUGACGAAAAUCAUCCUGAUCUGCUUGAUCUUCCCGAACAUAUCAAUUGUUGUAUGUGGAUCAUCAACAUUCCGGAAGAGAUCGGAUAUGCGGAAUUCAUGCAAAUUCUUGAUUGUGGUGCCGUUGCCGCGCUUUCUAUGGUCAGACCUCAAAAUGGCCAUACUACACAAGCCGCCAAGGCGACUUUCAAGACCAACGCUGGUGGUGCAGAGCUUUACCGCCGCGCUCGCAACAAGGGUGGUCUUCGCAUUCGUGGCCGUAAAAUCAAAGUCUGGUACAAUGACUACGGUGCGUACGAAUGGAAGGGACCUGAGACCCGCUUCCUGGAGAUUGAAGCACCUCAACUACUUGAUGAAGCCUUCUGGCAUGGCUACUUCGGAAGUUGGUGCAAGUACAUCAUCAUCUCUGUCACUCCAAUGCCAUGCAGGAAGUACGGAUUUGCAUGUACCAGGUUCGAAUUCGUCAGAAUUGCCGGACAAGCACAGACUUGCUACCAGGCAAUUCAGAAGGAUAUGACAUUCCUAGGACAGGUGAACGUACGGUAUGGAAUUGAUCCUAACGAGAUCUAA